AUGGCAUCAAAGAAUACCGACAAUAAGCGGAAGAAUAUGUCGGAUGACCGUAAGGUGGUCUAUCCUGACCUGACGGGAUUCAAAACUCUCAUCCAAUCGAGGGCUGACGGCUCUUCAUACUCUCCUCGCGGUCACGGGGCGUCAGAACUUGCUGUCGCAGCCAACUAUCAUCCACCUAACGCCAUGAGCGAGUCGGGGUCAGACCGUGCUGCCGUAACCAACUAUCACCCACCCAAUGCCAAGAGCGAGUCGGGGUCAGAUAUGGGGCCAGAAUCGCCUGCGAUGGGAUCCCCUGAUCCCCGACCUUUGAAAGAAAAGAAGAAGGAAAUCAAGGAUUAUUUAUGGAAGUUGCCAGAAUCGCCAGUGGAGGAAACUCCGGAUCCCCGACUUUCGGAAGAGAAAAGGCAGGCAAUCAAUGGUUUUCUAUGGAAUUUGAACGAAAACCCAAGUCAUUACAGCAUUUUGGGUUUACCAGACUAUGCAGAUGCAACAAAACUGGCUAAAGCCUUACGGAGCCAGCACCUCAAGUUUCAUCCGGACAAAAACGGGUUUCCGGGCGCUAAGAAGUGCUACAACCGCGUUGUGGAAUCUUAUAAAGUACUUGAUGACUCGAAGAAAAAGGCUCGCUACGACAAAAUCCUCCAAGAAAUAGCCAAAUCAGACUACCAGGGUGCCCCGAACAUGAGCAAAAAGCCUCACUUCGAAGAAGCUUUCCAUCAAAGUGCGUGGGGCCGUGAAGACGAGGAUGAUGUUGGUCUGAACAAACACAAAGACGAAACAGAUUCGGAGUCUGAAGCAGAAGAACUCUCAAAAGAGGCAACAUUCCCUCAUGUUCCAUCACCGGACACGACUAUCACCGAUAUCUUGGACCAGAUGAAUAGCGAUGUCUUGACUUGGUUUACGAGCAGCAACGUGGAUGAUUGGAAACAAGCAGACUUCCGCAUCAAGAAUGCGAAUAAGAGCAUUGAACAAAUCAACAAAGCAUCUAGAAUGCCAAAAUCGAUGUACACGUUCAAGGGAAAUGAUCUUGCCUCCGUUCUGAGCGAUUUCAGAAAUAUGAAACGCAGCCUCCGAGAGAAGAAGACUGCCCAUGUCGCUGAAGGUCUCGGCCAUGCUAUCCUGUUAAAUUUUGACGCUGUGAGGAAGCGCCCAGAGAACCAAUGGCCAGUGAAGUGGACAGAAUUGAUCCGCGAAGCUGUUGCUUCAGUUCAUGCCAAGAAGGGCUAUCCGUACAAUGGACCUCGCCAAAUCGCACUAAAGCCUCAAGCAAAAUCAGGUUUCCCAGGCCUCCGGGAAUCCAAACCAGAUUUCAUUCCUGUGGAACCGGAAGACACACUUAUGCCGGACGCACCCGCAGCAUCAUCUCAAAACUACACGCAGCAAGUUGGAUUCAGCGGCUUUUCACUAUCUGAAUCGUACCCGAAGCCAGGUUACACCCUGGAUAACCGACGGAUCCUCGGUUUUCGAGGCUGGGAAGCAGCCGACGUACGUGAAGUGGCGCUUGAUAGCAAACCCUUUGAUCUCUCCUCUGCGCGUUUCGCGAGAAUGCAGUUCAUCGUGGAAGGCUUCAAUGGGAAGUCGAUAGAGCUGCUAUCCGGAACUGAGGCGGGCCAGCUGGUGAAGAAGGCUCAUUUUAGCCAGCACUUGAGUCAGCAAGGUUUUGUGCCGAGUAGCAUGAAACAGGUCCAAGGCAGCAUUCAACGACCGAAAAGCAUUCUCAAGUAUGCGUGCUACGAUGCGACUUCGACUACAAUUCCGGACGGGGUGGCUCUCGUUGAGGCGGAGCGCGGCCCCCCUUUCUUAAUAAGUCUCGUUGUGAUGCGGGCUAUAUGCAACAAAGAAAGGGUAGAUGCUGCCUUGCGUCGCUACCUAGAGACUCAUAGGCGACUUCCUUCGCUAUCGCAUUCUGAGAACAGACGUCUGACGUAUCGCCCUCGUCAGCCAGAAGCGCUCAGACGCAUCGGCUAUCGCAAUCACAUUGAUGACUUCAUCGCUGACGACCCCGGCCUUCUCACUAAUAGCGACGUUUCCAGCAGUGAUGAUGGCGCCUUUAGCAGUGAUGACGAGGGAAUGGGGUGGUUGGUCCAUAGGCCCAACAGGGGAAGAGAAGCCCGCAGAACCGGGGGCUCAGACGAUCGAAAGAUUCACGGCCUGAUCGGCAGCAUGGGAAGACACCUUAAGAUCUAG